GAAGAAGCGUGAGAGGAGUGAGUGAGUGAGUGAGGAUCGGAUCUGACAAGCGCCCAGAAAAGGAGAAUCCCGAGCGUCACCGCUCCUUCCGACCCAGUUUUCACUUUUCACAUUUCUUUUCGCGUCCUUCUUCUUUUCUCCUUUAUUUAAUUUCAAUAAUAUUUAAAAAGCAAAAAAAAAGAAUCAUGACCGUGAUUUUUUUGAAUUUCUCAACAAUCCCUUUCUCCAUAUCUCUUCAUUAACUCGCUUUCACUCUCAUUGCUUCAGUUGCUUAAAGAGAGAGAGAUUCGUUCUCUUCUAUCAAAAUCUUUGUUUUUGUAACGCCCGUGAAAUUCCCGGCGUAAUUGUGCUAUAUCCACAGAGAAGAGUAGACUAAGAUUCCUUCAGUAUCUUCUAUAUCUUCGUCGUUUUUGAGGUUUUCGAUCGCAAUGCGUCUGAAACCCCGAGGUCAAGAGUAGGAAGAAGACGAACACUAGUUCCUACCUGUCGGGGAAAAUAAUGUCGGGUCUAAGGAUUUCGGAUCCGAGCAAAUUGCAUCUGAAGAGGGAGCUUACUCAAAUCAGGAAAGUUGCCAAGGGUUUACGCGAUCCGGGAACCACUUCCUCGUGGAAGUCCCCUCUUACUUCAUCGAGAUCCGUCGCGGAGACGGUGGCGGAGCUGCCGGCGAGCAAGAGCGUCGACAUUCUCGGCAACAAUCAGCUGGAUUCACAGUUGUCGAGUAGAGGCGUUGGGAACGGGAAGGAGAAGGAGAAGAAGGUGUUUCUGUGCAAUUGGAAGACUCACAGAACUUCAAGCGACAAGAGUGGGUUUUCCAGGAACAGUGAGGGUGAAGAUGGGACUUCGUGGAUCCAAGGUAGCGUCAAUGACGACGACGAUGAUGUGAGUGAUGCGAGGAACGGUGGAGAUUCGUUUCUUGGGGAAACCCGAUCAGCUAUUUUCAGGUGCAGAGACACGAAUCUAGCGUCGCCGGGAUUCUCGAAGAUCAGAAAGAGCGGUUUUAGCAAGAAGAAGAGUAAGAGACUGGAGUUCUUGUCUCGGUAUCAUCAACCUAAACAAGCUAUUCCCGGCGGAAGAAACUCUGCGAAAUUCAGGAAGUUUCCAAGCAACCUUCACGCUGCAUCAGGUUUAAGUGUAGUGAGAGAUGAGUCUGGUGAUCUAUCUGACGAAACAGAGGAAUUUAGCAACUCUGAAAAUCGCCUGAAGAUCGCUAAAGCAGCAUCUCCUUUGCUUUUGAAACUCAAGCACAAGCACUGGUCACGCUCUUCAUCAAAGUUUUUGAGAGCUACUGGUAAGAGAGAGGAUUCUUCUCAUACCUGUAACAGCACACCUGCAUUGUCGACUAGCUCAUACAGUAUGUAUGCUAUACGUAAUCCAAGCACUGCUGGAUCUUGGGAUGAUGAUGAUGGUGAUGAUGAUGAGUUAGAUGAUGAUAACUUGGACUUUACAGGGAGGCAAGGCUGUGGGAUUCCUUUUUACUGGACCAAGAGGAAUCUGAAACAUAGAGGUGGAUGCAGGAGCUGCUGCUCGCCUUCGUUUUCUGAUACUCUUAGGAAAACGGGAAGUAGCAUUCUGUGUGGGAGUCAAUCGGUGUAUCGUAGGCAUAGACAUCCCUCAGGGAGAUAUAACAGUAAACAGAAACUCGCUUCGAGAAGUGCAUUAGGUGUUUUGCCUCUGCUUAAAUACGGUGGUGACAGUAGAGGAGGGUCGUCUAUAGGGAUUGUGUGUAGUGACGAUGAUCCUUCCACUGAUCUCGGAGAGCUUGAUUUGGAGGCUCGAAGUAGAUUAGAUGGGAGGAGAUGGUCUACGAGUUGUACGAGCCUGGUUGGUUUGGAAACUGUAGAUGGAGAAGAGGAAGAAGAAGAAGAAGAAGGAAGUACACCGGAAAAUAUCCAGAGCUUGAGCAAGAAGUACAAGCCAAUGUUCUUUGAUGAACUCAUUGGGCAGAGUAUUGUUGUUCAAUCUCUAAUGAACGCUGUGAAAAAGGAUAAGAUCGCUCAUGUUUAUCUUUUCCAAGGUCCUAGAGGAACUGGGAGGACAUCUGCUGCGAGAAUUUUCUCGGCCGCCCUGAACUGUGAUGUGGCCACUGAGGAAAUGAAACCUUGCGGGUACUGCAAAGAAUGCAGUGGUUUCAUGUUGGGGAAAAGUAGGGACUUGUUGGAGCUUGAUGCUGCUAAGAAGAACGGAGCUGAGAAAGUUAGGUACCUUUUGAGAAAGCUGCUGACUUUGGCUCCACAGAGUUCGCCGAGAUACAAGGUUUUUGUGGUAGACGAGUGUCACUUGUUGCCAUCUAAGACUUGGCUAUCUUUACUCAAGUUUCUUGAGAACCCUCUGCAGAAAGUCGUAUUCAUAUGCAUAACGACUGAUCUUGGCAAUGUUCCUCGGACCAUUCAGUCAAGGUGCCAGAAGUACCUCUUCAACAAACUCAGAGAUGGUGACAUUGUUGUGAGACUGAGGAAAAUUGCUUCAGAUGAAAACCUCGAUGUGGAAUCUCAGGCUUUGAACCUGAUCGCUUUGAAUGCUGAUGGCUCGCUUCGAGAUGCUGAGACCAUGUUGGAUCAGCUGAGUUUGAUGGGAAAACGAAUCACCGUGGGUCUUGUAAAUGAGCUAGUAGGUGUUGUUUCAGAUGAUAAGUUGCUUGAGCUCUUGGAACUAGCAUUGUCUUCUGACACAGCAGAGACCGUGAAGAAAGCUAGAGAGUUACUUGACUUAGGAGCUGACCCAAUAGCCAUGAUGUCUCAACUGGCCAGUCUUAUCAUGGAUAUCAUCGCUGGAGCGUACAAGGCCUUGGACGAAAAAUACAGCGACGCCUUCCUUGAUGGACGGAACUUGAGUGAAGCGGAUAUGGAGAGGCUAAAGCAUGCUUUGAAGAUUCUUUCUGAGGCUGAGAAGCAGCUUAGAGUUACUACUGAUCGUUCAACAUGGUUCAUAGCUACCUUGCUGCAGCUUGGUUUGAUGCCUUCUCCCGGAACCACACACACCGGUAGCAGUAGAAGGCAAGGCUCUAGAGCAACUGAAGAAACCCAGUCAAGCAUUUCAAGAGAAGUUAUUGCUUACAAACAGAGAUCAGCCCUUCAAUGUAGUACCUCAGUGUCCCCAGCUUCCAUGAGAAGAGGCGGAAACACCGUUCAUGAAGUGAAAUCGUCAGACUCAUCCCGCGAACUUUUAGAGAAUGACGCUUCCAUUUCAUCGGAUGGCGAUACAACUGCAAGCACCAUGACGCUUACUUGCAGAAAUUCAGAGAAACUGAAUGAUAUCUGGAUGAAGUGUAUAGAUAGGUGCCAUUCAAAGACAUUGAAGCAGCUGCUGUAUUCUCAUGGGAAGCUAUUAUCUAUCAGUGAAGUUGAAGGUAUUCUAGUUGCUUAUAUUGCAUUUGGAGAAAGAGAGAUCAAACUGAGAGCAGAGAGGUUCGUAAGCAGUAUCACAAACUCGAUUGAGACUGUACUACGGAGAAACGUAGAGGUGAAGAUGAUCCUCUUGUCUGAAACCGAGUUACUCAACUCCAAGCAGACAAGACAAACAGCAGUGGCUACUAGUUCAGAUACUGAAAGUGGGCAUGAGAUUCCAAUGAAAAGGAUUGAAACGAUCAUCCAAGAACAGAGAUUAGAAACUGAGUGGUUACAGAGGACUCCUGGUUCGCAAGGCCGGUUAAUACCGGAAAGGAAUCAAGUUUUACCUCAAGAAGACAUCAAUCAUCAUCACCAACCCAACAAUGGAGUUAAAGUUUUGAAGAUCCGUGAAAUGGGUGAGCUUCAGGAGAAUCAGACCGGUAAAAGAAUGGAGCACUGUCCUGUUUCCCCGAGUUUACUCCACGAUAGCAACUUCACAAACAACAAAGACAAUCUGAUCAGGGAGAGGAGUUUGCAGUCUACUUUUCUGUUGGAACACACAAAAAACUCCAAGAAGAAGCAAGAUCAAAGGGACUUCCGUGCGAUCACGAAGAAGUCGAAAGAGAAGAUUCUCGUUAUUCAGUGGAUGUGCUAAAAAGUAAGAAAGGUUACCCAUAGAAGAAGAAAAAACAUUCAAAUGCCAAGAAACUCUUCUCACUUCUCGAAGUUAGAUUGUUCAGAAAAGUCACCGUAGUUUAAUUUUUUACUGAAUUUACUUUACUUUUUAAUGAAGAAAAUAGGGAAGUUACAGUAAUUAAAUGGUAAAUUUGAAUUUGAUAGCAAAUAAUGAUAGAGAAGAUAUGUAAUUUUUUAAGAGUACUCAAAUUUGAUGCUACUGAAUAUGCUAAAAACAAAUUUCUCUUUAUUGCUCUUAGUUGUACCAUCCAUUACUGGUAAUGUAUUGGUUCAAAACAAUUAUGAGAUAUAUUUUGUAAUAAAUUAUUGCACUCGUGACUUUGUG